CCCCGCCUCCACCCUACCUCUCUAUCUAGAACAGCCCUGUUAUCACUUCCAUCUGCGCGCCUUGGAUCUUGGCUCUCCCAGCCCUGACGCAUCUCUCAAAUAUGAGUUGCAUUACUCGUAGGCUACACGCGGACGCUACAUAGGAAUUUGCUUCAGAACGACUAUCACAAUGCAUCUCACGGCCACGCUCUUGUUUGUAGUCGUAACAGGCGUCAUAGGAGGUUGGGGAUGCAGCUGCAACACUGAGAAUGGUUUCUGUGAAAAGACUGGAAAGUGCAGGUGCAAACCAGGCUGGCAGGGGGACCACUGCGAGCGCUGUAUCCCCUUCCCGGGCUGCCUGCACGGCUCUUGUGAGAAAGCGUGGCAAUGUGUCUGUCAACAGGGUUGGCUGGGCAGCCUGUGUGACCAAGAUAUUCGACUGUGCUCGUCACGUCCUUGUUCUGAGAAUGCCACCUGCAUAGAGACCGGAGAAGGGGGAUACCUGUGCGUCUGUCCUCAAGGUUUCACCGGACCAACAUGCCAGCUGAGGAAGAACAUAUGCCUCAUUGAUGGAUCUCCUUGCCAGAAUGGAGGUACGUGUACAGAAACGGGUGACGCCAUGGAAUCUCACACUUCCUGCUUUUGCCCCCCUGGAUUUUCUGGAAAUUUCUGUGAGCUCCACACAGAUGUCUGUCAAGCCAACCCAUGUUUAAAUGGCGGCAACUGCACAAACCACGGAGACACCUUCACAUGCUCCUGCCCGCCAGGCUUCUCCGGUUUGACUUGUAACGACACCGGCCUCUCUCCGUGCGUUGCUGGGCCUUGUGCUAAUGGUGCAACGUGCGUCAGCCAAACUGACGGAACCUUCCGCUGCGUUUGCCCCAAGUGGUUUUCGGGCCGUCUGUGUUCGGUGCAGCACCGACUGAAAGCUAAGCCCAAGCAGGCUGCCGCCAAGUCUGCCGAUCACAAGUUGUUUGCGCUGGCGCCACAGCACUACUCGCUUCCUGCGCACGCCUUCCACAAGCUUCUCCAACCGCCUGAGAGGGAUCUGCUCAAGAUCACGCUGAAGGAGACGGUGCACCGCUCCCCAGGCGUGCUGUCCAGCCAUGGUCAGCUGGUGUGUUUCGGCAUGCUGGCCCUACUUACCUGCCUGGUCAUCCUGGCCACCACGGGCAUCGUGUUGUUCGGCCGAUGUGAGGCGUGGCUGGCCAACGCCAAGUACAGCAAGCUUGUGCGGCAGCAGCGCGAGCACCUGCUGAAGGAGGCAGGCGGAGCUAGCCAGGAGGAGACGGAACACUCGGUGAACAUCAUACUGCCAGAGAAGAUCAGACUCAACAGCUUUGGGAGACACUAUACCUCCAUCUGACGUUCGGAAGGAGUUGGUCUGAAUGUAGAGCAGAGGCGGACCUUGUCAGUAUACAUUUGAAUGUAUAGCAGAGCACAAACAUGGCACUGGAUUGUAAGUACUUUAAUGCAGAUUUUCUCAAUUUAUGCGGGUCCUGGGACCUCUCACAGGUGAGGACCCCAAAUUUAUGACAAUUAAUCACAAUUAUCCCUAAUUCUUGGAAAAACUUAUUUUAUUGAACUACCCUUUUUUCAAACUAUAAGAUGCUACAUUUUCUCUCCAUUUGUACCCUUCAGCUUUUAUAACAUAGCGUCUUAUUUGUGGAUUUUUAUUUUGUUUAACAAGUGUUGCCACUUAAGGGUAGAGUUGUCCGAUAAUUACUUUUUAACAGAUAGCGGAUAUACCAAUAUUGUCCAACUCCAAAAAUCUAAUACCGGCAUCAAAACGAUACCGAUAUAUGCGGUCAUGGACUUAAAAGCUUGGUAACUUUUAAGUUUUGGUCGAUUUUAGCGACGCCGGUGGACAAUAGCGGUAGUGUUUUGCCUUAAGGAAGACCGCGUUUGCCAGGAGGACGAGUGCUGCAUUUCCCAUAAGGACCAGGGCACACCCACAUUGUCCUAAAGUCAUCAAUCAGUCAAAAAUCAAUCUCAGUUCGCCUGCAGAUGGAUUAAACAAUAUUUCUGUUUUCAGCGGCUGCGUGAAGGAUAAAUAAUGAUUUUUUUUUAUGGCAGGGAGGGGGGGUAUGCUGUAAAGCAGUGGUCUCCAAACUAUUCCACGUAGGGCCGCAGUGGGUGCAGGAUUUCAUUACAACAAAACAAGAAAACACCUCUGCACCAAUCUGGUGUCUUAUAGUCUGGUGUCUAUAGGGGUGAAAAGUGAUAUUGAUUCUAAGGGCCCAUGCCCUGAUGGGGCCCACAAAGAAAUUAGAACAUUAGGUAAACGUUUGCAAAUUGAAAUAUUAAUCAUUAUAAUUUUAAUAGGAAUAAAAUGAAGGGUUUAUUCUUCUUGUUUUGUUUUUGGCAACAAAAAAAAACACCCAGAGAGGAUAUGUAUUGCCAGACACAGCCCACCCUCAACCCCCGUAUUUUCAUUUAAUGGUUUGGUCCGCCCUUCCUUCGAUCAGACCGGGAGCAGCAGUGCGCAUUUACACCAGACAAUAACUACUGCGGUACUGCAGAAAUGUUUUCAAAACAAAAAUCGGGUUAUCAAAAGAGGAAAGAAAAGAAAGCAAAACAGGAGAGGGGUAGAAAAGGCCAACAGGAUGUGACAAAGUACUUCACAAAGGAAGGUUGGUGUCUUGUAUCAGUGUAGUGCUGAAAAUUAACCUGUUAUCUUAGCACACUCCAGCCCCAUCUGGAACCUUGCGAUGUCUAUUACAAAGCUCCGAAGCUCACUCUAAGAAAUACGGGAUUUUCCCGGCCUCAAUUAGCAACAUUCACCUAUUAAAAAACAUGAAUUCCAAAUAAUGACGUCAUUUUUUGAUAUCCUGCAGAUGUUGAAAAUUUGUGUGGAAAUUUUCUUUUUUUAAAUCGGCUUGAAUCCAGUUUGUCAAGAAUUCAUUGAAUUUAGUUUGUCAUCAAUUGAAUUUAGCUUGUUAACAAGGGACCUCGCUUCGGAGCUGUAGCCUAUAGUGGAGAUCGUGAGUUUCCAGAUGGGGCUAAGCAUACUCUAUAAUGAAAUACUGUUAUUGUUUGCUAGCUAGUGUUUGCUCCACUUUUAGCUUACAUUUUAUCAGUAGCAGGCAAACCCUUAGCAAGCUCUUCAUACUAAAACAGUUGUAUACUGUAAUGUAUACUGUAGUAUAGUUAAGUUAAAACAAAACAUUUAUUCUAAGUCAUUCAUUAUGGUAUUUGCUUUGAGGAUAUUUCUAAUAAAAAUAUAUUUAGAUUGCAAAAGAUGGCCUUCAGUACAUUCCUUAUAGAUUAUAUCAGUCUAUACAUUAUUGCUGUAUACGCUGUAUGUUUACAUAAAUAUAUUUUCAUCUUAAAUGCAGAAAAGGCACAAACUAGUGUGUAAAGAUUCACUAGAAUGGGCCCAAAGUGAUAUCUUUUCAUGGGGCCCAAAAUCCCUGGCAUGCCCCUGUUUACAAGUGUAAUCAGUUGAUUGCAGUUAGGUGCUGCUUGUUUUAGAAGAAACUUCAUUGGUUAAACUGUCGGUACUCGAUCGGUUGGAACAAAAACCAGGACCCACAUCGGCCCUUGAGGACUGGUUUGGAGACCCCUGCCGUAAAGCAAUCAGCACAUUUGUAGUUUUUUUGUGUGGCAGAGUUCCUGCCACCCUCCUCAAAGUUAAAUACAGUAGUGCCAGUAAAAGCACUCCUCUCUAUUGUGGUUGCAUUACUCAGCUAAAAAAAAUAAUAAAAUAGUCGAAAACGAUCUGCAUUUUGAAUUUAUUUGACUAUGUUAGAUAUGUUAGUAUCAUUUUUUUAUUGGCAUGCUAGGAAGAAAAAAAUGAGUCGCGCUAGCUUAGCCACUCCGGAGCCCUGAAAUUAAUAAAUAUCUGACAAACUGCAUUGAAUUUGUUGAAAUCAAUUCCACCGACCCCCACUAAUUUAAUCCCCACUAAAUCUAAGAUUAAGCCUAAUGUCAAAAAUUCUGAACUUCCACUUUAACCUUGAACAUGCCCCCCAGUGGUUGGCCUACAACUUUUAGGAAAUUGCUGGAUUAUAUGUGCAGUAGAGCAUUUAAAACAGGGGUCCCCAAACUUUUUUCUGUGAGGGUAAUACCGUAUUUUUUGGACUAUAAGUCGCAGUUUUUUCAUAGUUUGGCUCGUGGUGCGACUUAUACUCAGGAGCAACUUAUGUGCGAAAUUAUUAACACAUUAUUAUAUCAUUUCACAUGUUAUUUUGGUGUUUUGGAGUGACACUGAUGGUUUUGUAAACUUGUUAGCAUGUUCUUUAUGCUAUAGUUAUCUGAAUAACUCUUAAUAGCUAUGUUCCGUUAACAUACCAGCCACGUUAGCAUUUCGUUGUUCAUGCAUCAUGUAACAUUAUCAUACUGUACACUUGUUCAGCAUGUUGUUCUCUAUUACAUUUUUAUUAGGGCUGUCAAACGAUUAAAAUUUUUAAUCGAGUUACUUACAGCUUAAAAAUUCAUUAGUCGUAAUUAAUCGCAAUUCAAACCAUCUAUAAAAUAUGCCAUAUUUUUCUGUAAAUUAUAUAUAUAUUCUGUGAAAUAAAUUGUUGGAAUGGAAAGAUAAGACACAAGACGGAUAUAUACAUUCAACAUACGGUACAUAAGGACUGUAUUUGUUUAUUAGAACAAUAAAUCAACAAGAUGGCAUUAACAUUAUUAACAUUCUGUUAAAGGGAUCCAUAAAUAGAAAGACUUGUAGUUCUUCAAAGAUAAAUGUUAGUACAAGUUAUAGAAAUUUUAUAUUAAAACCCCUCUUAAAGUUUUCGUUUUAAUAAAAUUUGUAAAAUUUUCAAUCAAAAAAUAAACUAGUAGCCCGCCAUUGUUGAUGUCAAUAAUUACUUACACAAUGCUCAUGGGUGCUGAAGCCUAUAAAAUCUGUCUCAAACCAAGCACCAACAGAGGGCGGCAAAACUUCAUAAAACACAAUUAACAAGUGGGCAUUUCACUCUACUGUCAUUUAAAUCUGUCUGAGCAGGACAUGUGCAUUAAUUGCGUCAAAUAUUUUAACGUGAUUAACUUAAAAAAUUAAUUACCGCCCGUUAACGCGAUAAUUUUGACAGCCCUAAUUUUUAUUUUAAAUUGCCUUUCGAGAUGAUAUAUCUGGUCUGUGUGUUGGAUUUUAUCAAGUAAAUUUCCCCCCCAAAUGCGACUUAUAUAUGUUUUUUUUCCCUCUUCGUUGGGCAUUUUAUGGCUGGUGCGACUUAUACUCAGGUGCGACUUAUAGUCCGAAAAAUAUGGUAACCAAAUAACCCUCUCUGGGUUCUUCACAGAAAAAAAGCCAGGAAAUAAAUAACACUAUUGGAAACAAAAAAAAUCAAAAUGCUCUCUGGUACUGUUCAGGGGGCCGGACCAAAUGUGGAGGUGGACCGUAUCCGGCCCGUGGGCCGGAGUUUGGGGACCCCUGAUUUAAAAGGUAAAUACCUGAUAUCAGGUUCAUUUAAUUGUGGUAGUUAACAUGAGAUCACGAUUGAAAUAUGAUUAAUUGUGCAGACCUAACGUCACAAUCAUUUCAGUGCUUUUAAAUGGCCCAAAAUUACCUAGAAUUAUUUUGAGAAACCUCGAGUUACAGCUCACAUAACUCAGGGGUCCUGGGACUCCAAUUUGAGAAUAACUGUUGUAAUUUGUGACAUUAAAAAUCAUGUUAUACAGUACAGUAUACCAAAUAGCAAAGUGUUGUGAGUUAAUACUCUGUCCGUAAACAUUUUAUGACUGUACAGAAUGUUGUGUGUUUUCCAUGAUAAGGUUAAUUAAUGCUGUUGCCAAAACACUGGGUACAAUCUAUAGUUACAUUCAAUACAAGAUCAGCUUUAAAUUUACAAAUUGUCAAAGUAACUUUUGUUUUCAUCUCAUACUGGCUUUUAUCACAUUGUGCAAGUGCUCAACGCCUCGUGCUCACCAACGAGUGUCCCAGGUAGCCCUAAGGACCACCUGAGUAGCCCGCCAUCCUAUUUUAACAUUUUCUCAACAUCUUUGGGACAUUGUGAUUUUCUUGGAAUGGUAUAGAAACGAUCACAUGAAACACUGGCAGACAUGUAUACAAACGAUGUGUUGCAGGGGAACUGGAACUUAGGGGGGCGCAGUUUGUGGGUGUAAAGUGGCCGUGUUUGGGUGAGGGGAAGGUCAAACAAAGGUAAGAUGAUACGUGGAGCUUUAAUAUAGUGUUUUAAGUGUUAAAAUACCUCUGCCAGCCCCCAACCUCCGCUUGGCUGGUUGUCUAGAGGGGUCCGCAAAAAACAUUUCCACUUCCCCCAGUCAGACGGUCCACUCAGAGGAUCUGUUUAUGCUCACAUUUUUUCCGCCACUUAUUUGUUGCAUAUAGAUACAAUCAGAGGUGGGUAGUAACGCGUUGUAUGAACUCUGUUACAUUUUUCUUGAGUAACUUUUUGAGAAAAAUGUACUUCUAAGAGUGCUUUUACUAAGCCAUACUUUUUAAUUUUACUUUAGUAGAUUUGUGAAGAAAAAAACGCUACUCUUACUCCGCUACUUUGGGCUACACAAGAGUCGUUACAUUUUUUCUCUUUAUUCUACAUAUUAGAUUUAUAGAUUCAUAUAGAAGGUCGAAUCUGACCUGUCAAUAUCAUUAUGACGUCUAUGCAUACAGAUGUGUGUGCUGAGAGAAAAAAAAUAUGUUAAAAAAAAAUCAUUAAAAAAUAAGCAGUUACUCAUAAUGUUACUCAUUACUUGUGUAUUAUUUUCACUGGGUACUUUUUUACUUGUACUUGAGUACAUUUUUGGAUAACUACUUUUACUUGAUUAAAUAUUAUUUUGAAGUAACGCUACUCUUAGUUGAGUAAAAUUUUUGGCUAUUCUACCCACCUCUGGAUACAAAAGGAAUCAGAUUUCAUGCCAUGUUGAUGAGUACUGUGGGAAUAGUUUAAAUGAUUCGUGCAGUCACAUAAAUAAUUGUAAUUAUUAUUAGCACUGUAAAGUAAACGUACUGUAAUCAGCUUCGGAAAGGGUGGUGAUCCCUGCCGUGUAAGGUUUCAAUAUGAAAUAAAGCAAGUAUCAUUUUUUUGUGGAAAUAUAUCUAUGACUCAGUGUGCCUAAAGAUUCAAAUACUUCUGACUGAUUGCAGUUUUCCUUCUUGAGACAUUUCUUUCCCUCCAAAUGUGAAUGAAAAUCGCAUCGUUCCUUCUACUUUUGAUCCUUCACUUCCAUUAUUAAUCCAUCUGGACAAUAUUUGAAGUUUCUUUACGACAUGGGACCAACUCUGCUGAGCUUCAAGGUGAAGGUUGGAUCAAAGGUGUAAAAUGUCCAGGCAGCAACACAGUCCUCUUGAUGCAAAGGGGAGGAAAUUAUUUAUGACUUGUAAAUGUGCUGAUGCUGUGUGUCAUUUUGUGAUAGCGUCACACGUGGGGAGCAUAGUGCAUGACAAAUAUGCCGAUUUAUUAGCUGGUGACAAGUAGAUUUGUCUGCAGUUGUUAACACGAGCAAUUAUGUUUUUCUGUUUUUAGAAUGUGUCUCCCUCAUCCUGUUUGAACUCAAACUGUGUUAAAAAUCAAACAGUAAUUACAGUGGGGCAAAUAAGUAUUUAGUCAACCACUAAUUGUGCAAGUUCUCCCACUUG